AUGAGAGUUCCCUACGCAGCCCUUGGCGCUCUGGCGCUGCUGUUACAGGCUGCCGGUGCACAAAAAGUGUCGUACUCGGACACGACAGGACUCACCUUCUAUCAGGGUACCAAAACGCAGCGUGUGGGCGGCGACCCCAUACCUACCGGUGUCUAUACGACAUACCACUCCAAGAUCACCCUCGCAGGCUCCAAAACCCACACGGGGACCAGCUCCGUGACCAGCUCCAGCUCCCUCACCGUUAGCUUCCCGACGGGCUCGCUCACCACGGGCGCCAAUCUCACGGCAACGGCCUCAGUUCCACAACCAACAAACACGCAGCCAUGCAAUAACCAUGUCGAGCUCUGCACACGAAAGUUCAGCAACAUCACGCAGGUUGGCUGCCACAACUCACCCUUUGUGCGGCCGGGCAACUCAGGGUCAAACCAGGAGCUGCCAGUCAAGAUGCAGCUGGACGAUGGCGUGCGUUUCCUCCAGGCCCAGAUGCAGUUUCCGGCCAACAGCUCCGUGCCGCACUUUUGCCAUACGACGUGCGAUCUCCUCGACGCCGGGCCCAUCACCGACUGGCUAAGCCAAGUGGCAGAGUGGGUGGACCAGCAUCCGUACGACGUCGUCACCGUCCUGCUAGAGAACGGCAACUACUCGGACCCAUCCAUUUACGUGCCCUACAUUGAGCAGACGGGCAUCCUCAAGUACACCUUCACGCCCACCGUCUUCCCCAUGGCCUUGGAGGAUUGGCCGACGCUGGAGGACAUGAUUAUCCAUGGCAACCGUGUCGUCAUGUUCCUCGACUACAAGGCCAACCAGACGGCCUACCCCUGGCUGAUGGAUGAGUUCUCGCAGAUGUGGGAGACACCCUUUGAUCCUGUGGACCGCUCGUUUCCCUGCACCGUUCAGCGUCCUCCGGAUCUGUCCACUGAGGCAGCCCAGGACCGACUGUACCUGAUGAACCACAACCUCAACGCCGAGUUCAACGUCUUCAGCCUCGAGCUGCUCGUGCCGGCCGUCUCGCUGCUCAACGAGACCAACGCAGCCUCGGGUUACGGCAGUGUAGGUCUGGCCGCCAACAACUGCCGUACCGACUGGGGCCGCGCGCCCAACAUCCUCAAUGUGGACUACUACAACUACGGCACGCCGGCGGGAUCCGUAUUUGAGGCGGCUGCCAGACUCAACAACGUCACGUACAACAACACGUGCUGCGGCAAGGUGCAGUCGAGCGAUGCUUCGGCUCUGAUAGGCGGUGCAAGAGGCGUGUUUUUGAGUUGGGCCGGCGUCAUGUCUUUGCUUGCGUCAGCAUUCUUGAUGCUAUGA